CCGAGCAGCGGGUGAGAGCAUGGCUUCCCGGGACCCGCCGCCCACCACUACCUACGCCCCGCCCGAAGUGCCCUCGGGGGUCGCGCUCUUCCUCACCGUCCCCUACGCCUUCUUCCUGCCUGAGCUGAUAUUCGGGUUCUGGGUCUGGAUCCUGGUGGCUGCCACCCAGGUAGCAAACCCGCUGCUGCAAGGAUGGGUCAUGUACGUCUCGCUCACCUCGUUCCUCAUCUCCCUGAUGUUCCUGCUGUCUUACUUCCUCGGCUUCUACAAACGAUAUGAGUCCUGGAGAGUUCUGGACAGCCUGUACCACGGGACCACCGGCAUCCUGUACAUGAGCGCUGCCGUCUUACAAGCACACGCCACCAUCGUCUCCGAGUUCUCGGACCUGAAAAACUACUACAUCAACACGGCAGCCUCGUUCUUCGCCUUCAUCACAACCCUGCUGUACAUCCUCCAUGCCUUCAGCAUCUACUACCACUGAGGCCUGGGAGCCGCCAGCCCACGUGCCCGCCCCACGCCGGGACCAUCGGCCCGGGGCAGAUCUCGGCCUUUGCCAUCCGGGUAAACCAGCAGCCCUGCCGAAACGUCCUGGGUGGAACAGACCAGCCUUCCAGACGGAACGGCGGCGCGCUUGGCCAUUUCGGGCGGCCUAAUGCACGGCGGUGGAUGUGACAAAGACACAUUUUCUUUUUCCUGGGACAGUGUCUCUCGGAGUUAUGUGGCUACAAACCUAGCUCUUCUAGAAAACUAACACCAAAUGAAGCCUUGCCAUCGACAAUCCCAGCUCCACUGCCGCCGCGCCUGCUCGGGGACUUUGCCUCAGCUACGGGGUUCCCUGUGUAGGUUAGGGGCGUCUUCAGUCUUCCUUUCUUACUGCAAUGGCACCGUCAGGCCUUAGGAUCUCAGGCAGCUGCCUGCGCCGUGUUCCCGUUCUGCUCACCGGCACCUGCCCACCCCGGGGAAGCCGCGGGCACAAGUGCACAGCCAUGCCCCUUUCCGCCCCCUCUCGCCUGUCCUCCCCAGCUUUGGGAUCCAAGGAAAACCUGCACAGAAUCAACUCCGAGGGUAGAUUUGUGAGAGAAAUCGGUGGGUGCCGCUACAAAAUGGGUCAAUGACGAGACCUGGGGAUGGGAGGUGGGGGACGGAGGGAAGGCCAUAGCCGGCUUCUCCAUGAACCCCGCGGCUGCAGCUCGCCUGUGCCAGGCCUCCAAGACCCCAUGCCCUAAGGACUAGAAGCCACCUUCCUCAGUGAAGCACGCGAGACGUCACCCCGUGGAUCCUCCUCUGGGCUCCUGCUAGUCCCACGUGGGCAGAGAAAGCCACUGCAUCCUCGCAGGGGCAGGGAAAGGACCUCCCGGGAAUGCUCUCUCUGUGUGCCCACCCCCUAGCACCUCCUCAAGUGCCACAUGACCCGGGAUCAUGUGGGGCAGGAGUGUCAACUGGGAGGCCGGGGACCCUUGGUUGGGCUCACGAGAACCUCGACAUACGAAGGCGGUGGCCCUUCCAGACCAUUUCUGAAGAAAAGGCUGGGCCGUGCACGCGGCCACGUCCGUCCGAGGCCUUGGGAGGAAGCAGUGCCGUUUGGCAUUCUCUGCCCAGGGAGGGUCCCAGCCCCCCUGCACUGAGUCUCCUGGUCCCAUCGAGGAGGCAGAGUCGUGGGCCACUGUCACUUGAAAUGAAAUAAAUUAUUCCGUG